AUGACUGAAAACGACCAGCUUGCAAGCUGCAAGGUUAUUGUGUUGGGCGCAGGUGGCUUAGGUUGCGAGAUACUCAAGAACUUGGCCAUGACAGGAAUGCCUGUCAUUCACGUGGUAGACAUGGACACCAUUGAGCUUACAAACCUCAAUAGGCAAUUACUUUUCCGCGAAGACGACGUUGGAAAGCCCAAGGCACUCGUUGCAGCAGCUUACAUCAACUCGUUAGAGCUGCCUAGCGUCUUAGGCAACAACCGUCCCGUCAAACUUAUACCCCAUGUAUGCGAUCUGACAUCUCUACCGCCUGAUUUCUGGUCUCAAUUCACUGCAGUCAUCUCAGGGCUUGACGCUAUCGAACCCCGCAGGCAUAUAAACUCGCUCCUGGUCAAUCUUACCAUGUCCACAAACUUUGAAAAAUGCAUCCCCUUCAUCGACGGUGGCAGUGAAGGACUAAGUGGCCACUGUAAGACUAUCAUCCCAGGUAUAAACGCCUGUUACGAAUGCUCCAUCUCAACACUUGCACCGCCAGGCCAGACUUAUCCUCUUUGUACUAUAGCAAAUAACCCACGUCUUCCGGAACAUAUAGUGGUGUACAUUCUUAACGUUGAGUUGCCCUUACGCUCUGCUGCUCCCAAUUGCCCCCUUGAUGAUCCACAAACCAUACGAUGGCUCGUCGACCGAUGCCGCAGUAGAGCUGCUACCUUUGGGAUGUCCCCUGACAUAUUUGAUGAAAAGUAUAUCUGCGGCGUGGCAAAGAACAUCGUGCCCAGUGUCGUUUCCACUAAUGCUAUCAUCGCUGCCUCAUGCUGUACUGAACUUCUUAAGCUACUGUGGGACCUAGAAGAUGACCCAGAAAACAUGAAUAAUUUCUUACUAUACAAUGGCCAAGACGGCUGCUUUACAUAUAGCUUCGCCUACCACAAAUCAAUCCAGUGCAACGUCUGUAGACCUCAGUAA